GCCUAGCAAAACUUCAUCCUGGGCUGGGAAAUGAGAGCAUGUUUACAUUCUAGGGACCUUGUGAUAGGGAUGACAGUGAAAACAUGACUUUGAGCAUCAACAAACAAGACUAACUGUAUCUCUUCCCAUACCAUCUCAUCUCACACCCCUCAUCAAGCCCCACAGAGCUGCUCCGUGUAUCUCCUCGUCUCCUUCCCUCAGACCUCAUCUCUCUGUUAGCUACCUGACCCAGAGGACGUGUAGACCAGCCCAAUGGAGCAGACAGUGGUGCUGAUCACAGGAUGCUCCUCGGGGAUAGGCCUCAGUCUGGCCGUCCGGCUGGCCUCGGAUCCAGCGAAAAUAUAUAAAGUCUAUGCCACCAUGAGGAAUCUUGCCAAGAAGGAGCGUCUGCUGGACUGUGUGAAGGACCUGCACAAGGACACCCUGGACAUCCUCCAGAUGGACAUCACUGACCAGCGGUCCAUUCUGGAUGCCAGGGACAGGGUCAGGGAGAAGAGGGUGAACAUUCUGGUGUGCAAUGCUGGUGUGGGGUUGAUGGGGCCGCUGGAGGCCCAGUCUCUGGCCACCAUGAGGCAGAUCCUGGAGGUCAACCUCCUGGGCACCAUCAGCACCAUCCAGGCCUUCCUACCAGGGAUGAAGGCCCAGGGCCAUGGACGCAUCCUGGUCACUGGCAGCAUUGGUGGGCUACAGGGACUCCCCUUUAAUGAGGUGUACUGUGCCAGUAAGUUUGCAGUAGAGGGCGCCUGUGAGAGUCUGGCCAUUCUCCUGCAGCACUUCAACAUCCAUGUGAGUCUUAUUGAGUGCGGCCCUGUCAACACGGAUUUCCUGGACAACCUGCAGAGGGCAGAGCCAGGGGACUCUUCGCUGCAGCAGGUCGACGCCCACACACGCAGCCUCUAUGACACGUACCUGCAACACUGUGGGAUGGUGUUCCAGAACGCAGCUCAGGACACAGAGGAUAUUGUGAAGGUAUUUCUGGAUGCCAUCCAGUCAUCGAACCCUGCAUUCAGAUACUACACCAACAAUGCCCUCAUUCCGCUCAGCAGCCCUAAGAUCUCAGCACUGGACGGGUCCCAGUACAUCAGAAAUAUGAGCAAGAUCAUCUUCUCAACUAAUGGGAAAGGGGAACAAAAAUAGCCAUCAAACUAUGGAAUGUAAUAUAAUCCUUUACUUUAUACAUACAGUACCAGUCAACAUUUUUAGAACACCUACUCAUU